AUGGGCAGCAGCAAAAAUCAGGAUCUAGACUGGAAGCCUUACUUCAAGUACUACCAAGACCAGUGCCAUUCAGCAUUGCAUGAACAGGGAAUGCAUAUACUCGUCCGGACGCAUCAGAACAUCAUCGAUAUCGCCAGGAAGUUGAAGGAAGGCCAAACUCGAGAUACGAUCAAAGACAGCCUUAGAGCCUUAGCGAGAGCAAGACAGCAGCGGCAAAAUGAAGAAGAGACCCUCGAGAACGCCAUUGAUCUCGCGGCUAGACUGUGCUUCAUGGUCAAUAUUGGUGAGAAUCCAUCGACGGUCACGCGGUGCGAGCAGCUCUUAUGGACCAGUUCAAGCCUCAAGGACUGCUUGGAAGGCUAUUUCAGUACACUUCAAGCGUCAUGUGGUGACAGCUUUCGAUUUGACAGGACCUUCAUAGCGUUCAACAUGGAGCGUGUCGCCGGAAUAAGGAUAUGUUGGACGAACGACCUCGCCGAUCAUCUACGUGUGGUCACUGAUGGAGUGAAAAGGGUUUCAAUAUUCCACCACGCCUCGUUCCUGGAGAGAGCAAAAGGGGAUUCUCAAUUCCCUGUGGGUCUCAUUGACGAAACGCUUCGCACGCUCGCUCUCCUCUUCCCAAAGCAAGACGAGGGCACCAAGAAAUGGCUGCGCGCAAUCCGUUCCCCUCAAACGAUCGAUCGACAUCUCAUGGAUUUCCAGAGGUUGCGCAGUGACCAACGACAAAUCGAGAAUUACACGUUCUGGCGAGAACGGCUCAUCAUUCUAAAAGAGGCCUUCGAUGAAUCUCGCCCUGCGAGGCUAUCCCAAUGGUGGUAUGAUAGGAGGGAUGGACAUGUCUGGUAUACCUUCUGGGUCGCUGUAUCUGUGCUCAUCCUCACUGUCUUCUUUGGUUUCAUUCAGAGCAUUGAGGGAGCACUGCAAGUUUACAAGGCAUAUCAUCCUUCCGCUCAGUGCGCAGGCAAUACCGGUAGCGCGUACUUGUAA